UUGCUUCGAUCUUUAGGAAAUUUAGGUGAAACUGCGGAUUUUUCUAAACUUUUUUUUUUCAGAAAAGGCAGAUUUCAAGACCCGUCACAAAUCAGGACAAAAAAGCGAUGCUUUUUAUUUACCAAGCUAUUACGUGAAGUGAAAUCGACGCGUCUGAGCGCAUGCUCCUUGGCAAAAAGUGACAGCCGAAGAAGCAUGGACUGGGAAGGGGAACGACAACGAAAUUUAUACAACGUUGUUCGCGAAUCGUUGUUGAGCCGGAUCCGUGCCACCGUUUAGUU